GUAAAGGCGGAAGUUAGCAAGGCGACCCCGAAAAGACAAACCGCUCGGUGGACUGAGUCGCGAAAAACAACAUUAAAAAUGUUGUUCAACAGAGAGUUUAUCAGGGAACGAUUGAUGCAAGCAGCCGAUGACAUAUUCGGCCUGUUUGAAAGAACGAUAAUGUCGUACGAGGAGGAGCUUUCUCGAGUAAGAGAGGAGAACCAGCGACAACGACAACAACUGGAAGCUGUGCGCAAGACCGUCGAAGACGUCCAGCAGUUGACUGUUUGCCAGGAAGAACGUCCCCCUCAGCUGAAGUGGGGGAGCUCCACUUUAGAGCAGGAGGAUCCCCACGUUAAGGAGGAAGAGGAUCCCCAUCCCGCCCACGUUAAGGAGGAAGAGAAUCCCCAUCCCUCCCACGUUAAAGAGGAGGAGGAGGGAGAGCGUCUUCUCAGACUGGAGGAAGCCGACCUGACUGUUGUCUCUGUGAAGACUGAAGACGACGAAGCAGACAACCUCUUGGCGCCACUGUCCGAUAGCGACGAGACGUCACACUCCCCUGAGGCUGAAGACGGGGACGACGCCCGAGGACAUUUGAGCGGCGAUACAGACUGUGAAGGUACUCAAAGUGACAAUAAACACCCUGCUAAGAAAACGGGUAAAGAACGGUUUACCUGCACCGUGUGCGAUAAAAGCUUUUCUUAUAAUUGUGAUUUCAGUCGCCACAUGCGGACACACACUGGAGAAAAACCCUUUGUUUGCUCAGUUUGUGGUCAUAAAUUUGCGGAAAAUUACAUUUUGACGGAGCACAUGAGAACGCACACGGGAGAAAAACCUUUCAGUUGUUCAUUUUGUGAGAAAACAUUCUCGCAAAAGUCAAAUAUGGUGUCGCACAUAAGAACUCACACAGGAGAAAAGCCUUUCAGUUGCUUGAUUUGUGGUAAAAUAUUUUCUCAGAGGUGCAAUUUGAGCUUACACAUGAGGACGCACACCAGAGAAAAACCUUUCAAUUGCUCAGUUUGCGGUAAAAGCUUCACUCACAAGGUAAACAUGCUGUCGCACAUGAGGACGCACACGGGGGAAAAACCUUUUAGUUGCUCAGUUUGUGAUAAAAGAUUCACUCACAAGGUGAACAUGCUGUCACACAUGGGAACGCACGCAUCGGAAAAACCGUUCAGUUGUUCGAUUUGUGGUAAAAACUACCUUUACAAGGUAAGUAUGGUAUCACACAUGAGGACACACACAGGAGAAAAACCUUUCAGUUGUUCAAUUUGCGGUGAAAGUUUUUCUCACCAGUGGCAUUUGACUCGACACACGCAGGGACACACGGGAGAAAAAUCCUUCAGUUGCUUGGUCUGUGGCAAAAAAUUUGCUCGAAAGGACAUCUUGAUUAAACACAGAAGAACGCACACGGGCGAAAAACCUUUCAGCUGCUCGGUUUGCUGCGACAGCUUUUCCAAUAAGAGCAAUUUGAACGUGCACAUGCGGACGCACACCAGAGAAAGACCCUACAGUUGCUCGCUCUGCGCAAAAACGUUUAACCAGAAGGCGCACAUGCUGUCACACGAGAGGACACACACGGGAGAAAAACCUUUUAUGUGCUCGCUUUGUGGGGACAGCUUUUCUUGUAAGAGGAAUUUCACUCGACACAUGAGGGGACACACGGGCGAAAAACUGAGCUGCUCGGUUUGUGGUAAGACUUAUUCUUAUGAGAAAAGCUUGGCGGCACACUUGCUGACACACGACAGAGAAUAAAGGUUUAAUGUCGCACGAGAGAAGCUACUGAGAGCGUGAUGAUGUGCUGUGUGUAAGAUAACGGAUCAUGGGCACCCCUUACAAUUUCCAUCAUUUCCAUGAAUAAAUCAAUGCGUAUUUGGAUCUAUUGUUUCAUUUUGAUAUAUCACUUAACGGAUGGACACAGUAGUAUGCAUCUAAACAAAAUUAGACAGGUGCAGAAAUUUGGCCACCCCUGUCAUUGUGUUGAUUUGAAUACCUCUACCUACCUAGCGCUGGCUAACUGGAACACAAAAUGGGUUUUGUGUGCUCACUGAGCCUUGAAUUUCAUAGACAGAUUCAUCCGAUCAUUUAAUCAAAGGUAUCAAGGUGGUUCGUUGCAAGUUGGUGAAGGCAGGCAACAUGUGGUCCUCAAAAACAGUUCAAAUGACCUGAAAAUGAGGAUUGUUCAACAUCACGGUGUACGCGAAGGCUAUCGCCUAUCUGGUUGUUUUUUUUUCCAAUAUAUUCAUCAAACAAUCAAAAACAAUCUUUGUUUUUGGCAGUAAAAGUUAAAUCUACAUUGAGCCAAAAAGUAAACCUCAAUAUUGACCCCCAUAACUGUAUGAAAUGGUUAGGUCCUGCAUUUAGCACACACACCACUGAUGGUGCUAUCCGAGUUCGGCAGCCUAAGCGGGGAAGCACAGACUUCCCUCUCCCCGGCUACUUCGUCCAGCUCCUGCCGGCGGAUCCCAAGGCGUUCCCAGGCCAGUUGAGAGACAUAGUCUCUCCAAUGUGUCCCGGGUGUUCCCCGAGGCCUCCUACAGGUCAGACGUGCUCUGGACACGUCCCCAGGGAGGCGUCCGGGAGGCACCCUGACCAGAUGACCGAACCACCUCAUCUGGCUACGCUCUUCUACUCUGAGAUUCUCCCGGAUGACAGUGCUUCUCCACAUUAUCUCUAAGGGAGAGCUCAACCACCCUACGGAGAAAACUCAUUUCGGCCGCUUGUACCCGCCAUCUUGUCCUUUCUGUCGCUACCCAAAGCUCAUGACCACAGGUGAGGGUAGGGACGUAGAUCGACCCAUAAAUUGAGAGCUUUGCCUUCCGGCUCAGCUCCCUCUUCACCACAACGAACCGAUGCAGAAGCCGCAUCACUGCAGACGUCGCACCGAUCCACCUGCUGAUCUCGCGUUCCGUGAACAAGACCCCGAGGUACUUAAACUCCUCCACUUGGGGCAGGAUCUCAUCUCCGGCCCGGAGAUGGAGCUUCACCCUUUUCCAAGCGAGAACCAUGGACUCGGACUUGAAGGUGCUGAUUCUAUUUCAGUACAGUCCUAAAAUACAAUCCGGUCCUCAUAAACAUGUCCAAGACCACACUUCUUCUGUUUCAAGCAUGCGCACCUCCCGGCAUGACUGCUCUGUUUGAGGGGUGAAAUCUCUCCCGUAUGAGGGUGAGACCUCUGAGUCGGGGCAAGGGGAACUCACCCAGGUUUUCGCAAGCUGCCGUGUAGAGACGGCCCUAUUACAUGCAGAUCGAGCACAGUAGCGUAACCUGAUUUAUAUCGUCCCCAACGCUGAGUCCUCCACUUUCAAGAUGCUUGCUCUCGACUUUGGUUUGUUGCUCUUGGUAAGGCCCUGGGGUCAUUUACUCUUCAGAAGGACCUGUCAGGUUUUUUAAUGUAGCCUGAAAGGAAAUCUCAAUACUGCUAAAAUCAAUUUUUCAACCUGCCAAGGCAAACAGCCCCCGUUCGAUCCCCGACUGUGCCACAUUACUUUUUGUUUGUUAGUCUGUUAUUUUGCUGUAAAAAUAAAUUACUCAUUAACGUACUGCAUCAUUCACUCAUUCAUCACUGCAUUACGUUCGGGUCAAGUAUCAUAAGAAUAGCUUUUAAGGGUCAGUCCUGGAGAUGUAGCGGCCACAGCUGCCAAUUGGGGCCCAAUCUGAUGGUUUUUCCUUUCGUGGGGCCCAGAAUUCCUGUGGUGGUGCAACUGUUCACUGUCAAACAUUUAUUCCGCUGUUGGUGUAUCUAAUGUAAAUGUGAAUCACAUUUGGUGUUUGUGCCGCACACAUUUUGUGUA